CUCCGAAUAAUCUGAGACAGCUGUGGCCAGGCAGUCUGCCGGCUAGACAACAAAAUAUUUUAUAUAAUAGCUAUAAAAAUAGUUAACAGUAUGCCGCGCAAUCUCAAUGCUGAACGUGACAAUCCCUGUCUAAAGGAACAAGAACUGUCAUUCAAAUGCCUAAAUAAAAACAACUUUGACCGGGAAAAGUGUGAAGUUUAUUUUGUUAACUACAAUAACUGCAAGGAGUUUUGGAACAAGGUACGCAGUGAUCGUCGCGCCAAAGGAAUUGUACCCUAUCUACCGCCACUUGAGGAGCGCGCGGCAAUCAAGGCUGACUAUAUGAAAACCAAGCCACAAACGAACUGAUGUGAUAUGUAAACAACAAAUUA